AUGGUCCGCUUGCAGAGAAAUCUGCUAAAAUUGGACAAGACCGGCUGCAGCAAGAUCGGGACGAAGGUGAAUGAUUUGGAUGAACGAAUCAAAGAGGCCAUAUUGGAAUUCGAAGAUUUACUAGAGUCUCAUGUGUAUGAACAGAUUCUUCCACAGCUCGAAAGCUCAUCAUCCCGAGGUGAGAGAGAUCACUUGUCUUUCUCUGUAGAUCUGCAACUCCAGAGCUCAUCAGGAGAUGAGAAAGAUCAAUUGUCCUUCGAUCAGAUUCUUCCGAAAAUCGAAAGCUCAUUAGGAGAUGAGAGAGAUUGCUUGUCCUUCGAUCAGAUACGUCCACAGCUCGAAAGCUCAUCAGGAGAUGAGAGAGAUCACUUGUUUUUCAAAAGUUCGUCCGGAGAUGAAACAGAUCACUCGUCUUUCAAGAGAGAACAAUUGCCUUUCUUCGUAGACUUGCAGAGUCUGCAACACUGUGUUGAUUACUUACUCGAGAGGGUGAGUGCGAUGGAGGUGGAGUACGACGUUGAACUGCUGAAUAUGCCGGAAGAAGAAGGCGAACCUAUUUCCUCAAGAAUUGAUUUUGGUGGAAUUAAUUCAAAUAUGGUUGGAUUAUUUGAUGAAUUUGAAGAAACCAGGGAUUCUCUUCUUCCAGAAGAUGAAAGAAAUUGGUUACUAGUUAGUGGGAUGGCAGGAGUUGGAAAGACCGCUUUUGCUAAGAAGGUAUUCGAGGAUCCACUGAUUAAGAGACAUUUUGAGCUUCGAGCAUGGGUCAAAGUGGGCAGAAAAUGUGAAUUCAGUGAAACAUUGCAAUGCAUUCUAGCUCAAGUGGAUACCAACACUCGCUACCAAAUGCUUACCCAAAGGCAUGAUGAGGGUGAUGAGAAAUUAGUCGCACUCUUGGAAGAGAGAUUGAACGAUAAGAAUUGUCUCAUCGUGUUGGAUGAUGUGUGGGAGUGGGACACACGACUAAUGUUACGCUUGCCAAAAGAGAAUGUCCGAAUCUUGCUUACAAGUAGGCUACGAAUUAAAGCAUCUCCAGUUCAAGUAGUACGCUUGUUGAACGAAGAAGAAAGUAAGAAAUUACUUGGUGCAAAGUUGUUUGGUGAAGAGGGUUUCCUCCUCACCUUGUGA